UUUAAAUUUGUAUUGCUCAUUUAGCUUGCGACUUGGAAAGAUGACAGUUUGGUGGCUUUUGCUGGCACUCAGCUAUCUGAGCUUGUCUGCUGGACUACAGAAAUCCAACAAAUACGAUGGUUACAAAGUAUACGAGGUGUCUAGUAAAGCUCGUUCUGCAGCCUUAGAACUUACUAUUUCCGAAUUGGUUAAGAAUGAGUCAUACUAUGAGGUGUUCUCCGGCUUUAAAGGUGGUAAUUCAGCCAAGGUGAUGGUCCAUCCCGACGAGCAGGUAAACUUUGUAAAGUUGAUGGCUGAGAACAAUGCGGCCUAUGACGUUCUCAACCGGAAUGUGGGCCUAACCUUGAGCCGCCAAUUCGAAACGAACCGGAUGUUGCGUCAGUGGUUCCCCUACAAUGGAAGAUUGGGUACGGAAAGGUACUACACUCAUGAUGAAAUCAACCAGUAUAUCGAGGAUUUGGCCAGGGACAAUCCACGUCGGGUUUUCGUGAAGCCCGUGGGCAAAAGCUACGAGGGUCGGUGGCUGAAAACCGUGACUAUAACUAAUGGUGAUGCACGGCGUAAUAAAAAUGUGAUCCUCGUGGAUGGCGGCUUCCAUGCUCGCGAAUGGAUCUCGCCGGCAGCUGCGGUUCAUCUAAUCAAUGAGCUGGUGGAGAACUUCGAAAGCAAUGCGGAUCUCCUGCUGGACUUCGAUUGGGUUAUUCUUCCGGUGGUCAACGCCGAUGGCUAUGAGUUCACCCAGACUUUGCCCGACAAUCGUCUCUGGCGGAAGACCCGGAAACCCAGCAGUUCCGAUUGCAUCGGUACCGAUCCUAAUCGAAACUUUGGUUUCCACUGGAACGAGGCGGGCGCCUCGGAGGAUCCGUGUGAUAACACUUACGCUGGACCGAAACCUUUCUCCGAACCGGAGGCUCUGGUGGUGAGGGAUCUCAUCCAUAGCUACGCGGAUCGAGGACAAAUGUAUCUUACAUUGCACUCCUAUGGCUCGCUAAUCCUAUAUCCAUGGGGCUGGACCGACGCUGUUCCCGAUACCGUCGACGAUCUAGAUGAGGUAGCUGCAGAAGGCAAAAAAGCUAUUCUGGAGGCCACAGGCACUAUUUACACGUUUGGACCCUCUACGACUACCAUAAAUUACGCGGCUGCUGGAGCUAGUGAUGAUUAUGCCUUUAAUGCGGGAUUCCCGAUUUCAUUCACCAUGGAACUACCAUUCGGUGGCAAGGAUGGAUUUGAUCCCCCGGCAUCGGAUAUCGAUCGUUUGGUCAAGGAGACCUGGGUGGGCAUUGCGGCCAUGGCACGGAGAGUUAUUCAAAAGUAUCCCCUGGCCUAAAAGUGCAUUCAAUUACAAGAAACCGACUUAGUAAUUAUCUGGAACUUAUUAAGUGCAAUGCAAUAUAAAUUUUUGGUUUUUGUCGAUUAGAUAACGUCUUUUUAAACUUUAGCAAUCACACAUUUAUUAGGAUAGCAAACGGUGUCAAAAGAUAAAAGAGCAAUUCAUAUGAUUAUAACUGUAAAUACACUGAGC